AUGGAUGAAGAUACAGACUGUCCCCACAUUUUGGAAGCAGCCGAGAAGUUGAAGUUAGAUGUGGAGCAAAUUAGAGCUACACUCAAUAAUAGGAGUUGCAAUGUAUGCUUACGAAUAGAUCAGUUGUGGAUGUGUAUGGAGUGUCGGCAAAUUCUUUGUGGGCAUAAUGCUGGAGGACACAGUACUGCACAUUACGGGUUCCACCAAACUCAUUGUUUAUUUAUAAAUAUUGAGUCUGCAGCUAUAUUCUGUUUCAAGUGUAAUUCUGAUGUAGAACCAAAAAACCACGAUGAUGAAUUGAACCGUCUUCGACAGUUUAUUCUAUAUAAUCGUGGACCAAGUGCAAGUAAUAGUAACAAAAAGAGAAGACGGAAAAAAGCAUCUAAGGCUGGUAAACCAAGAAAGACUGUUAAAAAAGUCUGUAAACCUCCUAAUAAUGAAAAUGACUGUUAUAUAAAUACAGUUACCCAAGCUCUUUGUGUACAGGAACCUCAAGCUGUUGUACCAAUAAAACAACUCAAAGUUAAACCUAAAAAACCUUUUCUUAAAAGAGGUCCUAGAACUACUAAAAAAGUUGGUAUAUUAAAUUGUGGAAACAACUGCUUUAUGAAUGCAGUUUGGCAAUCGCUUCGUCAUCUAAAGCCAUUUAUAUAUUGCAUAAAAUUGUUCAAACUUGUUGAAUUUGAAGUAUCCAAUAAAGAAAAUAGUACUAAUCCAGAUCCAAGGUUGCAAGAUUGUAUAGCCCAAGAAAUGUGGAAACUAAUGGAGACUUUAGUUGACUGGCAAAAACCUCCGGGGUAUAAAUGUAGAGAAGCAAUUUCACCAAUUGCUCUUCAACAAAUUGUCUGUAGAAUUAAACCUCGAUACAAAGGAUAUCAUCAACAUGAUGCUCAUGAAUUUUUGAUGUUUACAUUGGAUACUUUACAUAACGAGCUGACAUAUGAAAAAAGUAAAUUGUUGUUAGAGGAAGGAAUAACAAAUGAAAACCCUAAAAAUAUGGAUACACUUGUGUCAUUGAUGUUUCGUGGGUUUUUAUUAAGUGAGGUAUACUGUUUAGAGUGCAAUACACCUUACAGAAAAAGAGAUGAAAUGACAGAUAUUUCACUAGACGUUCCAGAUUACGAAAAUGCAGACCCGUCGGAAUCUCGACCAGUUGAUCUUUUAACUGAUUGCUUGGAGCGUUAUUUUGAGAUAGAAGAACUAAAUGAAAGAAAUUUUUAUUUCUGUGAUAAGUGUAAAAAACAACAAAAGUCCACUAAGAGAUUUUGGAUGAAUUCUGUACCAAAUAUACUUUGUCUCCAUCUUAAACGGUUUAGAUGGGAUAAAAAUUGUCGUACUAAGGUACAUACAUUCAUAGAAUUCCCUAUGCAAUUAGAUAUGUCUCCAUAUUUUGAUGAUGAGGCGAAAUCUCAAUUUGUUGGUAAAGAUGCAAAUUUGUUUGAUUUGACUGCUGUUGUUGUACAUGAUGGAGAAGGGGGAGGAUCUGGGCAUUACACUUCUUAUGCUGUGGAUUUUAAAGAAGAUCAAUGGUAUGAAUAUAAUGAUGAAAAAGUGCAUGAAGUUGAUGCAUCUUAUGUAGAGAAUGUGCAAGCCUAUUUGUUAUUUUACAUUAAAAGGGACUUGGCAUAUAACUUUGGUUAA